UUUCCACCAUAUUACCAUCUUUCAUGGCAGACGUUCCUGACUGGCCACACAUUAAGAAUUUGAGACUGGCAGAUCAGGGCUUCCUCACACCACGGCCAAUUGAUGUUAUUAUUGGAGCAGAUUUCUAUGGAGAAGAGGAGCCCCCAUCAGUCAGCGACAGCGCAUUGAUACCAGAAGAAGAGGAAUGCGAAGCUCAUUUCUGGUCAACUCACUAUCGUGAGCAGACAGGGAGAUACGUUGUACGCAUUCCACUCAUAGAGCCAGCAACCCUGUUUGGAAACUCAUACAAGACAGUGCAGAUGUGUCUUCAUCGGACUCUUCAGCGAUUUAAGAAGAAUCCUGAUUAUCAACAACUGUAUUCGAACUUUAUGCGGGAGUACGAAGAUCUCGGGCACAUGGUGAGGGUGACAGCUCAUCUGGAAGACCAACACCAAGCUAUUGACAGCGUUGAACCCGAAGGGGGGAUGACCUUGGCACAUGAUGCUUCGGCAUCAGGAGGGUUGAGGGUCUCUUCUGAGGGUUCGACGGCUCAAUCCCGAGCUCACUUCCAUCCAUUCUAUUUAUCUCACCAUGGAGUUCUCAAGGAAGGCAGCGCAACAACGAAGCUCAGGGUUGUAUUUAACGUUUCCAAAGUCAUCACAUCAGGCAGAUCAGUCAAUGAUCUUAUGCACACUGGUGCCAAUUUGUUGCUCAACGUUUGUGAUGUGCUCAUUUGGAUCCGUCAUUAUCACCAUUUGUUUGCCACAGAUAUCACCAAAAUGUAUCGCCAGAUAGCUCUCCAUAGGGACGAUUGGGACCUCCAACGCAUUCUGUGGGUUGAUGAACAACAUAAAGUGGUUCCUUACCAUUUGACCACCGUCACCUAUGGAAUGAAGGCAGCUCCAUUUCUGGCAACGCGGACUCUUCAGCAACUGGUCCAAGAUGAAAGUCACAGGUUUCCAUUGGCCGUGCCUUGUCUUACUCAUGGCAGAUACGUGGAUGACAUCUUUGGCGGAGUAGACAGCGUCGACGAACUCAUCAAUGUGGCUAACCAACUCAUAGGACUGUGUCACGCGGGCGGAUUCCCUCUCGCUAAGUGGCACGCAACGCAUCCUGAGGUUCUGAAGGCGGUGACUUCAGACAUGCAACAAUCAGCCAUCAUCUCGUUUGAUGACGACGCCACUAAAUUAUUCGGAAUUCAAUGGCUGCCGCAAACCGCCAGAUUCGGUUUUACAACGAAAAUUGCAGAUCAACCGAAUAAGCUCACGAAACGACGCAUUCUAUCCGACGUGGCUCGGAUAUUGGAUCCAUUAGGCUUCGCAUCACCUGUAAUAGUACGAGCGAAGAUGCUAUUACAAGAGCUCUGA